AUGGCGGCCGCGGCCCCCGCGGCCCCCGCGGCCCCGGCGGCCCCCGGCGACGCAAAGCGGCCCGACGGCGACGAGUGGUGCGACAGCGGGCUGGGCUCGCUGGGCGACGGGCCGCUGGGGCCGCCGCUGACCGCCAGCCCCGGAGCGGAGUCCCCCGAGCCUCUGGCCGACCCCGCGGCCUGGCUGCGGCACGUCCUGAGCUUCGUCACCGAGGACGGCGACACGGCCCUUCACCUGGCCGUGAUCCACGAGCACGAGGAAUUCCUGGAGACCAUCCUGCGACACACGGAGCGCUCGCCCUACCUCGACCUGCAGAACGACCUGGGGCAGAGCGCGCUGCACAUCGCCGUGGUGCUGGGGCUGGCCGGGGCCGUGCGGCGGCUGCGGGCGGCGGGCGCGGGCGUAGCCGUGCGGGAGCGGGGCGGUCACACCCCCCUGCACCUCGCCUGUCGCGAGGGUCACCCCGCCUGCGCCCGCGCCCUGCUGGGGGGGCCCCCCGACCCCCGGGACCCCCGGAAGGAGGAGGAGGAGCGGCGGGCGCAGCUGGACAGCGUCAACUACGACGGUUACACCCCGCUGCACGUGGCCGUCCUGCGCCAGGACCCAGAGCUGGUGCAGCUCCUGCUCCAUGCCGGCGCCGACCCCGACUGGCCGGAGCCAAGCUGUGGCCGCAGCCCCCUGCACUUGGCUGUGGAGGCCCAGAGCCCCGAGGUGGCCGAGUGCCUCCUGCGGGCCGGGGCACAGCCAGACCCCCGCACCUUCUCGGGGUUCACCCCCCUGUACAGCGCCCGGCGCCGCCCCGACCCCCGCCUGCCCGCGCUCCUGCGCCGCUUCGGGGCCCACGACCCCCCCCAGCAGCGACAGCAGCGACAGCAGCGACAGCAGCGACAGCGAGGGCAGGGCUGAGGACAGUGAGGACGAGUAUGAUGACAUCAUCAUCAACAGCAGCCGCUGCCCUGCCUGAGGGUCCCCCUACCCGCCCCAGCCGGGGGGACCCCCUGAAGAUGUCCCCCCACCCCCCAAAAUCCCAGGAGAGCCCCAGGGGCUGCAGGGGGCGCUGGGAAAUAAAGUGGAGGCUGCACUCAGA